AUGUCUUCUGAUUCAAAUAAGUUAUCCCAAGCUACUGCUGAGUGUUCUACUAAAGAGCACGAUGAUAACACUAACGAAAAUGGGAUGCGAUGGUCAACAGCUUACGAAGUAGUAUUGAAGGUGUACAGAAUUCCUUUGGCACCAUAUACUCACGAUGAACUCGAUGAUGGAGCAAUUAUGCCAACAGAAACAGAAACAGAGAAAGAUUCCAAUCCUAAUCUAUUAACUAUCAUUAUAUCCAAUACGAGUCAAUUUCCCGCACAAAAAGCAUCUUGUAAUUUGACCUUUCGAAAGAAAGGUGAAGACAAAGAUGCAAUUGUUAAAAUUGAAUGUGUGGAAUCUGUAGUUCGAGGAAUUACAUCUGACGUCUUGUUCACAUUAUCAUCACAAACACAAAUAAUUGAAAAAUUAAAAUUAGUUCCAUCUGAACUUGCCCAAUUUCCGAGUCCUGGGACUGGUAAACCUCUACAAACCGAGCAUUCCUUCGAUAUGUAUCUAAUGAAAUGA